AGGGCGCGCUCGGGGGGUGAGGAAGCGAGCUGGGCUGCUGAUGACAAAUCGGCAAGGGACUGCUGGGGUCCGGCCCCGGGAGGGGGCGGGGCGCAUUUAAGAACGGCGGGCCGGGUGCGGAGUCGCGAGGCUGUGCCGGAAGGGUCCCAGCUUUCCAACUGGGUCUUCUGUCAGUGUGUCCCCGCCUCAGGAAACCGGCAAGAUGGCUGCAAACAAGAGCAAGGGCCAGAGUAGUUUGGCCUUGCACAAAGUGAUCAUGGUUGGCAGUGGAGGAGUCGGCAAGUCGGCCCUCACGCUUCAGUUCAUGUAUGAUGAGUUUGUAGAAGAUUAUGAACCCACCAAAGCUGACAGUUACAGAAAAAAAGUGGUUCUCGAUGGAGAAGAGGUCCAGAUUGAUAUUCUGGACACAGCUGGACAAGAGGACUACGCGGCCAUUCGAGACAACUACUUCCGGAGCGGGGAAGGGUUUCUCCUCGUGUUCUCCAUCACAGAGCACGAAUCCUUCACAGCUACUGGCGAGUUCAGGGAGCAGAUCCUCCGAGUGAAGGCCGAGGAAGAUAAAAUUCCAUUGCUCGUUGUGGGAAACAAGUCUGACUUGGAGGAACGGAGGCAGGUGCCCGUGGAGGAAGCCAGGAGCAAAGCGGAGGAGUGGGGCGUGCAGUAUGUGGAGACUUCGGCCAAGACUCGGGCCAACGUGGACAAGGUGUUCUUUGAUUUGAUGAGAGAAAUCAGAACAAAGAAGAUGUCAGAAAACAAAGACAAGAAUGGCAAGAAAAGCAGCAAGAAUAAGAAAAGCUUUAAGGAAAGGUGCUGCUUGCUGUGAAGACCAGGCUGGAGCCCGCAGCCCGUUGCUCUGGGGACAUGGGGCUGGGCCAGGCGCUGAAGGCUGAAGGCUGCGGGUCACUCCUCGUACUUGCUGUUCUGCUCACUUGUUCAUUGCACUUCUGUAAAUGGUGAAAAUACUUGUGAACCAGUGGCUGGCAGGAGAAAUAAGCCCUUGCACAUGCAGUGACUGGCUGCUUGGUCAGGAGCUUCAGAGUUCUGCUCUCCUUCCCUCCCUCUUCCCUGCCCUCCAUCCAGACAGGCUAGGUAGAUAGUGCUGAGGUAGGAGACAGUAAAGUGUAGAUUUAAAAAAAACACAAACAAACCAGUAUUGGAGUAAUACCUUAUUUUCCCCAAGUUUUAUAACUUUUCCAUCUUUUGUUUUGAAAUAAAAUGUCUUUUUUUUUUUGAGACGGGGGUCUCGCCAUGCAUUUCAGGCUGGCCUUGAGCUCACUUUGUAGCUCAGGCUGGUCUCGAACUCGCAACGAUCCUCCCACCUCAGCCUCCUGCGUGCUGGGAUUACAGGCUUAAGCCACCACACCCGGCUAUAAAAUGUCUUUUUAAUAGGUUUUGGAAGAGGAGGCUGCAGUGACUCUAAACCUUAAUAGUUUAACAGCAGAAAAAUUCAGCCAGCUUUAGUGACAGUUGGAGUUUAGUGACAGUUGAAGUUUUUAUAUAAGUGUCUUGGUCGUACCCUGUGGAUCUGAAGCGCAACUAGAAAAAUGAACUUGAAUUAGGCCAAAUAAGUCAACGCUAGGAUCUUAAACCCUCCUCUUGUGUGAAACAUGAAUGUUGUAAGUUCUUUUCUUUGUGUUUGGAUAUUGGCCAGCUGCAGUCUGCAUUGGCUCUCUACCUCCUCAGCACCCUGACGUGGUGUAGGAAGUUAUUUAGGUGGUUGACUAAGUGAAGACUCUCGAGGGGUGUGUGCUGUGGGAGUGACACACUGCUGUAAUCAGGUCCUACUCAAGCCCUUGGUGUGGACUCUCCUACCUGCCAGCUGCUCAGCGUGGUCCUUUCUUCCUGUCCAACUCCCUGCGGGAACCCCAGACCUGCCCUCAUCUGUUUUGUUCAAUGUCACAUGAAUCUGCUGAAAAAAUGCGAUGACUUAAAAUUAUAUCCUAGUCAUGAAGCCAGAGCCUGUUCCCAACCUGCUACCUCUCCUAGAAUUGCUCAGUAAUUCUAAAUUUACAAUUAGAAGAAGCAGGGAAAGAUAAGCCAUUGCCCCCUCUGCCUCUGAGAACUGGCUGCUGUUUCUAAUCUGAUUCUUUUCUGAGACAGGCAGAUAGUUAGGAAAAGAUUUGUACUGAGGAGAGAUCAUUCAUCUUUGUUACUGUAUCAGUAUUCUAAUACAGCAUCCUGUGGGGCGCGUCCUGUGGGGAAAGGGUUACCAUGACCAGAGCCUGGCCUACAGCACACUUGUUUAGGUGCCAAAAGUGAAUUGGGGGCAGGGGGCAGGAGCCCCGGGGAAUUAGGGUAAUUACAGAGAUUGUGCAAAUGACGGUCUGACUCCUGGAAACCAAUCUGGCAUCACUUCCCAGAGAAUCAUUUUUUUGAAUAAAAAAAAGCAAACACUUUUUCAGAA